CCUUAAUGAGAGAACAAUUGUCAAAAAUAGUGUGUGCGAGAGAGAGGAUGUGAAUGAUUUGAUUUUUUAAGCAAACUCAUUCAUUGACGAUUUUUAAGCCGCAAGUGUUUGCAUUUGGAAGAAAAAGGCUGUGUUAAAUAAUAUUCACAGUUUGAAAUGCAAUAAGGCAGCAAAUCGACAAAGAAACCUCCGGAAGAAAAGGCACCUUUUUUGUGACAACUUAAAAAAAAUAACGCUAGAACAGGAACAUUGAAAAGACAACGUGGUGGAAUAUAUACGUAAACUUCUAUACACAAAACAUUCGCUAAUCUCUUGCAGUUUUUUCGUUCUUUGUGCGAACAGAACAGAAAAUGCAAAUUUGUAAAUGAGAAAUCUGAAUAAAGAUUUGCAAUAAUUAACAAAUUAUUAUAAUAAACAGCGAUAAUUAUGUCUAGUGAAGCGCAACAACCGCAAGAUGCGGGGAAUGAGGUCGCCCCUGCAAAUGGUGAGGCCCCCGUCGAGGGACAAGCCCAAGGCCAACAACAGCAACAACCUCAAUCUAAAAUGGAAUCAUUUUUUGCCAUGACAAAAUCUUUGAUACUUCGUGCCCUUAUCAUUUAUUUUGUAUCUUCAUUCUUUAGAAGAGGUCAACCUGUUGCUAAUACCAAUGCCAAUGAAAAAUCACCUGCUGCCUCUGGUCCCAAAUUACAUGCUUGGAAUUUCUUUGAAAAUGGCACAUUAUACGAUCUACAUGUGUGGCUAUCCGAAGAUCCUGACAAUGUAAAUUUCCAACAAAAAUCAAAUCUGUUAUGGUUGCAAGAAGAUCUAACCUAUGGUGAUUGGAAAUCGGGGCCUAAUCGCGAUGGCAUCUACUAUCAUCAUGUCAAUGUUAAGGCCACACCACAACUAAUGAACAAUGGUUCGAUUUAUUUGCAUACCUUUGUUACCAAACAAGGCCAAUCGCCGGAUCCAAAUUCACCGAACUAUGCCAGAAAUGGAGUAUUUGGUUAUCAAACGAAGCGUCUGAAUAAAUUCAAAAAGAUACGUGUAAAUCGUAACUACAACCUUUUGGCCAGCGAAAAGGAGAAAUUGGCCCAAGAAUUGGCUCAGGCUAAUUUGAAAGACACCAUUGUUUCACAUUGGCAUCAAAAUUUAACAGUUAAUUUGGUUGUGGAUCAAACGAAUUGGGCCCAAGGCACUGUGCCACCACCAUUGGAUGAAUAUGUGAAAUUUGUUGAUGGCGGUAAGACUUACUUGCCCAUUCUCUUCAUCAAUGAUUACUGGAAUUUGCAACGUGACUAUUAUCCCAUAAAUGAAACCACACCCGAAUUACCCUUACACCUGACCUUCCAACCCAUUGGUAUGUUCAAAUGGCAAUUGUAUGCUGCUCAACAAAUGAAGAACAAAUUUGCCGGUAAUAUGCUUGGUGAACUGAUGGCUUCAGGUGGUGCUGAGGAAACCGAUGAAGACCAAGACUCCCUGAAGGAAACAAUGCUGGAAACAAACAUCUACUUGUUGGGUCUUACCAUUGCCGUUUCAAUCCUACACUCUGUCUUCGAAUUAUUGGCCUUUAAAAAUGACAUUCAAUUCUGGAAUAAUCGCCAGUCACUUGAAGGUCUCUCCGUUCGCUCCGUUUUCUUCGGUGUAUUCCAGUCCUUGAUUGUGUUGCUUUAUGUUUUGGAUAAUGAAACGAACUUCAUGAUUCGUGUAUCCUGUUUCAUCGGCUUGGGCAUUGAAGUUUGGAAAAUCCACAAAGUUGUGGACAUCAACUAUAGCAGUGAUCAAAAAAUAUUGGGCUUGUUCCCGAAAAUAUCCUUCAAGGACAAAGGUUCAUAUUCGGAGAGCUCUACAAAAGAAUAUGAUAACUUAGCCUUUAAGUAUCUCAGCUGGGUGUGUUUCCCAUUGCUGAUUGGUUACUUUGUCUACUCUCUGGUCUACAACGAACACAAGGGCUGGUACUCGUUUGUGUUGAAUAUGCUCUAUGGCUAUUUGUUGACAUUUGGUUUCAUUAUGAUGACACCUCAACUCUUUAUUAACUACAAACUGAAAUCAGUGGCCCAUAUGCCAUGGCGCAUGAUGACCUACAAGUUCUUGAACACCUUCAUCGAUGACAUCUUUGCAUUUGUUAUAAAAAUGCCCACAAUGUACAGAUUGGGUUGCUUCCGUGACGACAUUAUCUUCUUUGUUUUCCUCUACCAACGCUGGCAAUAUCGCGUCGAUCUUAAACGUGUCAAUGAGUUUGGUUUCUCCGGCGAAAUGGCCGAACAGGCAGCCCAGAAGAAGCUCGAAGGCACCACACCAGCUGUCAAAGAUACUCCAAAAUCUGCACAAGAAAAGAAAACAGAUUAAUACCAAUUGUAUUGUGUAUUUUUUGCGUAUUGCAAGCAUUUGCGGUAUAAAUAUGUUUUUAGCAUUUUAUUAUAUAGACAAUGUAAAUUUCUAGGAGAUUUUAAUGAAUUGCAUCUGUAUACAAUUUUAUCAGUAUGUAGUUCAUAAUUUAUAAUAACAAUAUCUUGUGUAUUUUUGGAAAACUUAUUGCGAAAAAAAGUUAUUGUCCUACAUACAAAAGUGAAAAGAGAAACACAACAACAGAGCUUUUUUAGUUUAUUUAGAAUUUAUUUAAGUUUUUUGUUUUGUUUUCGUUUUCGUUUUUUUUAAACAUUCUUAUUCCAAAUGCAUUAAAAUGCGCAUAUCAUUGCAACUCAAUAGAUAUUUUUUGUAAUUUCUUUGGUUUUUGUACCUUCAUUUGUGUUGUAUUUAUCUGUUCUCACAUGGAAUUUACAAGUAUUUAUACCUACAUAUAGAUUUAAUAUGCUGCCUAAAAAGCAACAACAACAAACAACCAAACAAAACCCUAGGAAAUUACCCAACAGAAAGAAUAUACAAGAAGCAUACAUACAAAUAUAAAUAAAAGACAAGAAAAAAAUUAAGAACAAAAUCAAAAAAACAAAGAAACGUUGAAGAUGGAAUCUUA